AUGCGUCGUCGCGUGGUGGUGACAGGGCUCGGUAUCUGCUGCCCGCUAGGCACCGGAGUACCGCGGGUAUGGAGACGGCUUCUGGACGGCGUGUCGGGAAUAACGAACCUUCCCAAGUCUCCGGAGUUCGAGCAGGUCCCUUCACAAGUCGCGGGGUUCGUUCCGCGGGGUACAGACCCCGGGGAAUUUCGGGAGAGCGAUUGGGUGAGCGACCCCGAGCGAAGGAGCACUUCUCUCUCUUCGCUGUUUGCACUUUGCGCGGCGUCUGAGGCACUCAUCGACGCAGGUUGGAGCCCGAACAACGAGGAACAAUCCUUGCGAACUGGCGUCUCAAUUGGCUCUUCCAUGCAGAGCAUGACAGACAUUCACAGAACGGGAGACCUGUUAUCCCAGAGACUGUACCGUAAAAUAACUCCCUACUUUAUCCCACUCACCCUUACCAACAUGCCGGCUGGGUUUUGCACACACGCAGUGGGAGACGCUGCAGCAAUGAUAAGUAGAGGAGCCUGUGAUGUAAUGGUUGCUGGAGGUACAGAAGCCUGUAUCGAUCACAUCACCAUGGCUGGAUUCUGUCGACCCAUGUCCCUGUCGACUAAAUACAACAGGGACCCACAGGCUGCAUCGAGACCGUUUGACGCCGGUAGGGAUGGAUUUGUAAUCAGUGAGGGUGCAGGGAUACUGGUACUAGAAGAGCUGGAGCACGCCAAGGAGAGGGGUGCUGACAUCCAUGCCGAGAUUCUCGGCUACGGAAUGAGCGGAGAUGCUUAUCACAUCACAAAGCCGUCCGGUGCCGGAGCUGUACAAGCCAUGCAAUCAGCACUCAAUGAUGCAGGGUUAUCCCCAGAAGCGGUCGGACAUAUCAACACACAUGCGACUUCGACCCCUCUAGGUGACUCCACCGAGAACAGAGCCAUGAAAGACCUAUUCAAAGAACAUGCAUACAACCUACUAGUGUCAGCUACAAAGAGCUCAGUCGGACAUAUGCUGUCAGCUUGUGGGUCAGUCGAGACUAUAUUUACAGUGUUGGCAGUUCGAGAGGGUCUAGCACCUCCUACGAUCAAUUUGAGCUCGCUUGAAACUGCGUUCGACCUGAACUACGUACCCAAUACUCCCGCAGAGUGGAAGGGUGGAGAUAAACGAAGGGUUGCUCUUACUAACUCCUUUGGCUUUGGAGGAACCAAUGCUUGUCUGUGUAUAGCACAGUUUACUGAAACUUUCCCACCGUGUGCUUGA